CCCCCCCCCAUAAAAAGAGAGAGAAGUGCUCUUCUGAAGUUCUCCGCGUCCCGGAUAGUUGACCGAGGACUUGGGAACGGCGUCGUGGUCGCGAGGAGGGUCGUGAGCCCCCCCCCACCCCGCAGGGAAUAUUGUCCCGCCGCUGGUUCGAGCGCUUGCGGUGCGGUGCGGUGGGGGGCCCUGGGCUGUUUCUGCGCGGCGCUCGCUGCGAUGUUGAAGCAGCUGGGGCGCGGGGAGGACGACACGGAGGACGAGGACGCCAGCUUCGCGCGCUGGAUGGGCAGCUUCUGGGGGAACAGGAACCGCGACGCGGCCUCUGCGGGCUCUGCGGGUGUCGCGGGACCCUCCUCCUCCUCCUCCUCCUCCAGCGGGCGUCGUUCCUCCGUGCCCUGCGCGGUCUUGCAGUCCAAGUUGCCUCAUGGGCAUCGCCGCAGGGUCUCUGAAAACGCCCAGCAGAUUUUCUCACAUCCGGAGGAGCGCCUCAGGACUCCGUCCCCACAAGCCUCUUCGACGCUACCCGGCUGCAGUCAGAAGCUCUUCACCCACACGUUUCACCCCGCAUCGCAGGCCUCUUCAGGCUUUGCAGCAAAAGAGCACGGGGGCCAGGCGUCGUGGUUGGCGAGCAGAGGCCCAUGGCAACCCUCGGGGCUACAGAGCGAGCAAGACGCUGCGUCGCUGCGUUCCAAGCCACAAAGGCUCCCCAUCUCCAAGCGUAACAGCGUCUCGAGCCUCUUGGAGCAACCGGCGCGGGGAACUCUGUCACAAAGUGAACGGGCGUCGAGCGUUCGCGUGGGCCCGGUGACGCGGGCGGCGUCACCGUUGGAGUCGCCGCCCGACCGCUGCCCCUCCCAGCAAGGCCUCCACGUGUGUGACCCAAGGCGAGGUGGCGGGGCCCCUUCCAGAGUGUCACCUGAGGGUGGCGAGCACAGCCUCCCUCCAGCUCCGCAGUCCUGGAAACUCGUCAUCAUGAAGAAGUUUGGCUGGUGGAGCAAAAAGCCGAUGUCCUUUGACGAUCUGGAGGAGGUGUGCUCCGUGUGCAAGUCUGUCAUGCGCCCGGGCUCUGUGCAGCAAAUCUGGUGCAGCCAUCGCUUCCACAGGAAGUGCAUCCACGGGUGGCUGAAGCGACGGUGGAGCUGCCCAACGUGCCAGGCGAGGGCCCCUCCUCACGGAGGCCAGGGUGCAGCCUGAGCGGCCUCCUCAGCCUCCUCCAGUCUCUAUCUACUGCUGGACAAACGCCUCUUCACUCUUCGUUUCGCAUCUUUGAUGUUCCACUUGAGUUCAUCUCCUCCAACGGUUGCCACUCUGUCUCUCCCUUAAAUGUAACCUGCAAGGGACUGGGAUGGCAGUGGCGUUCAAGAGGAUGAUUCCAAUGCACCUCCCCCCCACAGUGGCUGCGUGGGGUUUCGCGUCCGUGUGUUUCGGCUCCCCGUUGUGCUUUCUGGUUGUAUCACGUGUUGUUCGGCGCAAUGCCCCGACGUUUCGCCCCACAGCCUGGGAGCUUCUUCAGGGAUUUGAAUAAAUGCAAUUCGAGAAGAAAGUGCAAUUCCAGAAGAAGCUCUCAACACGUAGAGCGUAACGUCGGACACGAUGCCCAAGAACACGUGGUACAACCCGAAAACACAUCAGAGAGCUAUGCUCAGUAAGGCAAUAGUAAUGAAAAUCCUAUUUUGGUGGCCCUGGGCCACUGGUGUAAACUCCACAUUUGUAUGACAAUAUCAUAUUGACUAUCCCCACAAUGAUACUCGCUUUACACGAUUGACCUCAGGAAUUUCUGGAUAACAAAUAUUUGAUUUUUGAUUUAAAGCUUUCGUGACUGUAGGGAUUCAUAUUCUUGGUUCUUUCGGUAAAGUCACGUAGAAGGGAAACAAUAUAAUAAUAUAUUUUUAGUAUUUUAUUAUUUCCCUUCUACGUGACUUUACCGAAAGAACCACGAAUAUAAAUAUUUGAUUAUUAAUUAAAACGAAACCUAAAGAAUAUAUAAAGUUAUCUUUGUGAACUGUGCUGUAAGCUUAACAUAGUAAUUAAAACUGUGGAUACGGCAUUGUAUUAUAGGGUUAAGAUAUAUUAUAGGGUUAAGAUCAUCGUUUUUAAAUGUAAACGAUUUCACAAUCGAUUAACCGUUCCGAAAGUCAGGGACCGGCAGUGGGUUUCAGUGAAAGUUGAAUAUUCAAUGCACCGAUUGGCACGCGUGAAUGUAGAAACAACACUGCAGCCUAAUUCACCACUGGGUACAUUUUCGCUAGUUUUUUUUCAAUUAAAAGAUAAAGGUGGAACCCUGCGAUCGCUCCCUUGCUCGUAGGAAGCUUAAGAGGGUAUUGAUCUCCGAUUUAAUGAUGAUCAGACAUCUUGGAAAAGGUGGGCUUAUCCACACUUUUAUCCACCGCAGGCAACCUGCUGAUCGACCUCGGUGAACUCAUUUGUGCUGCUGGGUGAACCGGAGAUGGGGUAUUCAUGACACGUGCGCCAUUCAUUCAAUUGCCAUGCUGGGAGAUAGAAUUGAACCGGCGACCUCUGGGUUGCAAGUCAAGCAUGCUCAUCAUUUCACCAUGGCAACUCCCUUCGUUUCUCGGUUAUAAAGGUGAAAUCGUAAUAUUUGUUUCUGGAUAUUUCUAUAUGUGCGGUAAACCGGUAAUCGUUUUUUUUUUUUUUUACCGGUUAAAGAUAAAAAAACAUAUUUUAACAACCCUCGCGAGGAUGUCCACCUACUCACGAGCUGUGACAUGCUUGCGGCUGAAUCACUGAUUGGGCUGGGUUACCCGACUUUUCCCAAUGAGUAGGAUGCAACUUGAAAGAGGCGCUGGGUGGAAUCUACCCGCAACCAAAUCCCGCGGGGAUAAAACUCGCGAGGGUUGCAGAUCUUCGCUCGGUAUCUUUUUUUUUUUUAAUCUCGUGCAAGGUUUCAGCUGUGCCCUAUGUGAUGGGAAAUGCCAGCUGCUCUCGCGUCACCCCGUGGAAUUCAUGAACAUUCACAAAAUAAACAAAUUACCCACCGAUUUUACAGGAGUUUUUUUUUCAGUCAUAAUUAAUAUUAAUGCGAUUACGUGUAUUACAAUGAAUAUGUAUACUCCGUAGUUAUUUUCAUGUUAAAUGAUAUGCGUACAAAAAUAUGGUCAGGGGAUUUUCUAAUUAUUUUAAACAGUAAUUGUUGAUAAAAAAAUAUCUAAUAAACGAUUUUACUAACAAUUAAUCGGAAAAUGUACCUCAUUCCACAGUCAUUGCGCUUUAUAUGAUAUUCAGCAACAAAUAUUGCUUGACAUUUUAUCUUCAAUUACAGUAUUGGUUAAGUUCAUUAGUAAGUGGUGAUAACAUUGGAAAUGCCAAACAUUUGGAGGUGUAAUAAUUUUCAUGAAGAGUUUUAGUAUACUGUUGGAUUCAUGUAAUUCCAUAAAUGUAUGCCACAAUGAUUUGGAACAAAUUAAUAUUUGAAUAUAUGUUCACAAUAAUGUUUCAAAUAAAAUAUAUGGACGUCAGUUAAUUGACUAAAGACUCGUAUAAAUAGUGUCCUGACGGAUUAAAGACUAACAUCAAUAUGAUUUCAGUUGGUUAUUGCUUAAUACAUUUUUAAAUGGAUAGUUUUUUAAACGACUUUGAAGGGUGGAUAAGUAGGCCAAACACCCUCUAGAGGGGAUUUCGAAUGCUCCCUCUAGCGGAUGCCAUUCUGUCAACAGUGGCAUAAGAAAGCAAUUAUAGGGCUGAACCUUUUGCUUUUCUGGCAUUUUGAGUUUCAGGAAAUACAAAAUGUCAGCUGCAAAGUUUGGAAGUGAAAAAUAAUCGUAAAUGUUUUUACAACAUUUCUCAAUCUGUAAAGAACCAUGUGAUAAUUAUGGCAUGUUUGUGUUAUUCGAUUCGAUGCCUGUAAACAUCGAUUGCCAUGGAGAUUAGAGUAGCAAUGGAUAGUGAUGGGAAAUACCGUUAAUAACAAUGAAUUUGGCUAUCGGACGAAUUUGGCUAAUAGCUCCUAAGACAAGCUUUGCAAUACUAGCCUAUACUUGGCAACAAUAAUGUGAUUCGGGGUUACACUUUAUCUUUUUUUUAAAUAUAGCACUAGUGAGAAUAAGUACUGUACUGUACGUGGCAGGAAAACAAAAAUACCAACAAUCGUUUUGGCUUUGACGACAGACAUUUUGGGCGUUUUACAAGAGGUUGCGAUUAAUGGUGGUACCCAACAUACAGACAUGCAAUCAUUGAGUCUGACAUGCGAUGUGGAUAUGCAUUUGAGUUGUUUUAUUGUUGUCACCUGAAAUAAUACAAUUAAAAUUGGUAAAGCAUCUAUAUGCAACCACGUCUCAAGAUGUACAAAACUCGAGGGUAUGUGUUGGGAGGGUGGUGAAAAUAUUAUCAGUGUGUUCGUGGAGAGGAAGAUGGAGAGAUCGAUGUUGGUCAUUUGUAAAAAUAAGAAAUACUUAAUUAUUUAGAAUAUAUAUUCAAAAUCAUCAGAUGUUUAAUAAGCAUUAAUGACCAAUCAUUAAUUUUGUAGUUUUAAGUUGGCAGGAUCGUGAUUUGUUGGAAAUAAUUAACCUGGAAUAGAAACGAAAAUAUGUAUGGAGGGUUCAAUCUUCAACUGUUGUGUAUGUUAUUGAUGUAUUCCUGUAUUUAUAUUUCAAUGUUUAACAUUGGUCUUAAUGUUUAAAAGGAUACAUUUAAUUAAGUUUGCUAAAAGAUAACGAAAUGUGAAUGUGUAAUUGGAAAACACUGUAACCGAUGCUCUUUGAUUGAGUUGUAUUGUUGUCAUUAAUAAAAGAGUAAUAAUUGUACUCUUUGGUUAUUUCGGUAAAGUCACGUAGGUAGAAAAAUAAGAUUAAACUAAAAAUUACACAUCACGACGUUUCGAUAGCAACACAAGCCGUCGUCCUCAGGCAGAAGAAAGUAAUCCAGAAACAGCUUCAGCCGUCCACUGCUGGAUUAUUUUUUCCACCUGAGGACGACGAUCGAAACGUCGAGAUAUAUUCUUUCUUGUUUUAUUUUAUUUUGCUACCUACGUGACUUUACCGAAAGAACCAAAGAGUAUGGAUUCCUGCAGUCACGAAAGCUUCAAAUCUAGAGUAAUUAUUGCAUUAAAUUUAACAAAAUAUAUUAAACAAUAACUGAAAAGUGGCGGAUGAAAAUUAAGCAUUUUUAUUUUCGCUAAAUACAAUACAUUUGAAGAUGUGCUUCUGUAUAUAUAUAGAUGGUAGUGUUGAGAAAUCUGACCAUUCACGUGAGACAAACAGAUCAAAUAACAAAACACUAAAUUGUGACCAGACAGGAAAGUCAAACUACGCCUGAAACUGACCGAAAUUAGCGAGUAAGCGAAACCCUAAAGUGGCUUGGGACAUCUAUAAUAGUGCUGUAUUAUUUAAAUUGAUCUUUACGUGGCUUUUUGAGUCUUCGGGGGUUUUGCACUGAAUCCCGAGUCGUACAUGUGCGCUUAAAACAGUGCGACUUACAUAAGCAAACGCUUAUCCUAAAAAAAUUCUUAACAUUCUAACACUUUCAGGACUCAAUUGUAUUUAAACAUGCUCACAUCAAAAACCACGCACCCUUUGGUGAUGGACGUCAUUACCAAAAGUUGGUUGGGCCCACCACCUCACACGCUACUCUUAAUUGGUGCUGUAUCAGCAGCAUUAACACGUCAUCCCAGUACUGUGUAUGUAUGUUCAUGAACCUACUCAAUCUAAAUUCAAAACCACGGUACUGUACAUAAUUUUCUUAAUGCCAAAAAUCGAAAUGGUGACACCUUCCUUUUCCUUGAAGUGACAACAACAAAAAAACACACGUUUUUACUUUAAAUGUAAUGCUUUUUUAAAAUCUUCACCGAAGCAGCAAAUAAAAAAAUCUGUAUCUUCAUUUGGUUGAGGCAGCUUGUGGCAAGCUCGACUGGCCGUGAAGGCACGCGUUUCUUGUUUUCAAUAAUUGCUAUUUAUACGAUCACAAUCCUAGCAACACAACACGUGCGUUGUGAUUGCAAGUGUAGUGUGAAGUCACGUGUUUUUAUUAUUUAACCAACGUGUUGUUUUCCCCUUAACUUGGCUGUGCUUCAUAUUGAGAUGUGUUUAAUGCAUAUUAACGGUCAUUGGUGUGGUGAUUAGAUACGGUAUCUCAGCAGGCACACAGAGAUAUUGUGUGUUGACAAAUGCAUGUUGGUAGGCCUUGCAGUUACUGAAACUUUUGAGAUGCUGGUUAAAAUAAUGUAUCCCCCAAAGAAGAAUGACAAAAAAAAGGAAAAUCGUUAGUUUAAUUACAUGUAUUUUAAAUGUCGCCCGGCUUAAUUAUUCCUCACCUACAAGUUCAGCUGGACGUACACACGCUUGUAGUGAAUGUUUUGUAGAAAUAAAGCUAUUUUCAAUUA